UAUCUUUAUGUGGUGACACUGGUUCAAUAUGUCCGAUGUCCAUCAUUCAUUCAUUCAUUUGCCUUGCUAAAAAAGGUAUAGAAACGAGAAAUGUUGGCAAAUUAGUGACGAUAAUACGUGUUAUCUUUCUUGUUCAAGUUAUUAUUGCUUUUGUUUCACAUAAAUAUUUGUGAAUUGGGACGUGCGCUGUUGAAUAUGAGCCACUUUGGGCCCUAUAGCUGGGAAGUGGAACAAUGGAUGUAAAAUUCUAAUCAAUAAGAUAUAUUAUGGCAUCUGGGACAUCAUCCUUAGAGAGUAAUGGCAGUAAUGAAUCAAUAUCCCACAAUUACGUGAGCACAGAGCGGCACAACACAGCCCAGCUGCCGACCAUCCCGAUCCCCAUAGAAUAUGAGGUCCUAAGUUCCAACCAGUGCUACGACAAGCAGAACUAUACGGUCAAAUCGCACGGUGCGCACGUAAUGAGCGGCCCCUACGAGCCGCUGCAGUAUGACGUCAUCAAUAAACAGACCAAUGAGAGCUUGAAGCAGCAAUGCGAGAAGGCCUUGCAUGAUCUCAACCAGUUGCGGAGACAGCACACUGAGACUUCGAGGAGGUGCGAACAUGUUAUGAAAGAGUUAGAAUACUUCCGCGGGCAGCACCGAGCAGCUAUGAACCAGCUGGAGGUGUCGGCGCAGGAGGCCAGCAGCCUGCGCGGCAAGUACGGCGACCUACUCAACGACAAUCAGCGCUUGGAGCGCGAGGUGCAGCACCUGCAGCAGAGCAGCAACCCCGAGGGCAGCUCCGACGCGCUCGUGCACACGCUCAGGAAGUACGAGGUGCUUAAGGAAGAGCUUGACUGCUUUCAGAAGAGAUAUGACGACUUAAUAGAAACACACAACACAACGUUGGAGAAACUACGAAUCGUUCAAGAAGAGAACAGCAGACUGAAAACACAAUGCCACGACCUCACACAAGAGAGGAACGCUGUGAUCCGCGAGCGCAACGCGCUGAAGCAGCAGGUGGCGCACGUGGUGCGGCAGUGGGAGGGCGGCGCGCGGGAGCGGGCCGACAUCAAGCGCCUCACCGACGAGCGCAACGCCGCCAUGGCCGAGUACACCCUCAUCAUGAGCGAGAGAGACACAGUGCACAAGGAGAUGGAGAAGCUGUCAGAUGAUCUUCAAGCAGCUCUGAAGCGAGUGGCGGCACUCGAGUCCGCGCUACAAGCCUCGAGAGAAGAACAGAGGGCCACUGCACUACAGGCGGAGAGUCUCCGUCGCGAGAUAGAGUCUGCUCUGGUGGACCGCGACCGCGCCAUCAAAGAGUGCACCGACCUCAAGACGCCGCAGAACACAUCCACACUAGGGAAGUCCAGACAAGACACCUCGGCGUACCACCACUUGGGGCUAGCAAGUGGUGUGGGCAAUGACGGAUUUCUGAACGGUCAACACUCCAAUGAUCCAUCAUUGGAUAAGUUGCAAGGUCUAGUGGGCAUGGCGGUGGACGGCGCGGACAAGGAGCGCGUGGACAACCUGGAGCAAGCCAACCAGGAGCUCGAGCGCCUGCGCAAGCACAUCGACCGCCUGCAGGCCGAGCUCAGCGACGCGCAGAGGGAGGCAGAGGUAUCGAAACGGCGAAGAGACUGGGCUUUCUCGGAAAGAGAUAAGCUAUUGCAAGAACGAGAGAGUGUAAAAGCACUAUGCAAUCGACUGAGAAAGGAGCGUGACCAAAUGGUGGGCGAGCUAGCGGAUGCCCGUCGCCAUGGCAACAAGAAGGAGGGCAAAGACAAACGCAACACUAUGGCGGAGGACGACGAUCGCAAGGACUGUAGGAGACAUGCACACUCUAGAGACUCGGCUGUCGAUACUGAUGCACAGGAUUACGAAUGGGAGCUCAUUGACGUGGAGCUACCAGGUCUUGGUAAGGAUGGCGAGCUGGGCUUCGAGUUAGCUGGCGGCAGAGAUGAACCGUAUUAUCCUAAUGACUGCAGUAUAUACGUUACGGCGGUUAAGAAAGGAUCCAUUGCUGAUGGGAAGAUCAAAGUUAUGGACCGCGUCUCCGAAGCACUAGGCGUAUGCGUGUGGGGCAGCGGCGCUCAAGCUGCAGCCGGCUUGCGGGCCGCGCUGUGCCGGGCCCCUGCCGCCCUUCGGCUGCAGCGCCCCAGAGCCAGGAGGGUGAGGUUGAGGUUGCCCGGCGCGGGGGGGAUUGCGUUGCAGCACGGUAUUUUCAUAAGCAAAAUAUCGAACGGAAGCGCAGCUGCCAAAGAAGGCAACCUAUACAUCGGUGACCGCGUUGUCAGCAUAAACAACGUGUCCCUGGAAGGCGUGAAGAGUGUGUCGGAGGCGAUGGCGCUGCUCAGUGAGUGUCAGUACGACAGCGUCGCACUCACGUUACUGCGGCCCCUGUAUGCCUGCUGCAAUAAUAAUAGGGACAGGGUGUCAAUGUACGAGCACGGGCGUUCGUACUCGGACGGCAAGAUGGUGAACAUCUGCUCGCAGACCGACGAGUCCUGGUGCCAGUUCCUACAGCCUCCCGCUGAUAAUAAGGUGCACAUAGACCACGGCAUGCCGGAUUUUGACAGACGCUACGUGUACCACGUGGCCGCCGGCAGCCAGGGGAAGAUACCGCAGGAGAGAGGGACGUGGGACAUGAUACUCGGCAAGAUCGAGGCGGUCACCGGCCGCAGCAAGUCUAAGGACAAACAGAAUAAGGUGCCAGAAUCCGAUGCGAUUGCGGAGCUGGACUCCGUUAUCGACAGUUAUCAUGGGAAAACAAUAAAAGAAACAAGCAGCGUACUAAAACGUUCACGGAGAAAGAACAAAGAGUCUCAGAAUGACUCCAAAAAUGGUGGCACUUGGCCCAAAGCGAGGGCUAACUUUAUCCUAGAAGAGAACUCCACCGGAACCAUCGUACAGCCGAGGUCGAGGAAGGAACGACCGCCUCUCUCCAUCCUACUCAGUCCGCCUACCAAACUGCCUCCCGAACCCCAGAGAUCAAACACCAACCGAAACUCGAACCCCAUACCCCUGGGACACGCCCCACUCACACAAGCCACCACCCCAGCGCGCCACUCCGUGUACAAGUCCAUAGAGUCAUCCCCAGCCAUCGAACACUUUCCCAAACCCGCCCCUUUAGCCAUACACAACCCUUUCGCCUCCCCGAAUAGCAUAAACUUCGAGAAAAUUCGUACCUUAGAGAAGGACAAGAUGUCCAUCAGCGAUUAUUCCGAACAUGACGUCACUCCGAACAGACUGAGCUUAGUUCUAAACCCUUCCGACGACUCGUUGGACUAUCAGCCAGUGACCCGCAACAGGACCAAAAGCCCGCACUCCUUGGACUUCAUGGUGAACAAGGGCCCAAGCUCUCUGGAUUUCGUAACGAGGAAAUCACCCAGCUCGCUAGACCACUCCAUUAAGAAUCACCCCGGAAAAGACUUACUAGAUCAAUAUUAUUCGAAUAAGAAAUCCUCGUCACCAAAAACUGUGAAUAAGUACCCCUCCGACAGUGAUAGCUUUGGUCCCGACAGUUUGAACAGCAAUGCGAAUUUUCCAAUGACGGGAACGUUGCCCUCACAAUCGCGGCUGCAAACUUCUCAGUAUUACAGAGGGCCAUUUGUGAACUCAAACCCUCACACGUCGAGUCGCUACCCGCACCUGGCGAGCCCCACCAACAUCCCGCAGAGCCAGUCGGGCGAGAGCAUCGGCACCAGCUACGACAUGCACUCCUUCACCUCGCACACGCACAACAUGUCCGACCUGCAGCCCGUGCCGCGGACCAACAGGGCCGGCGACUACCACCACACUUACGAAGGAGGAACAUUUCCUCGCAAAAACGAUAACCAGAGGUUUCGUAUCCCUUCCAACCCAAGCGUCACGUCAAAAAACUCGGCGGGAAAACUAAGCACAGGGUCUAUAGAGAGAAGUUCUGAGCGGAACUCUCCUAUGCCGACAUUUCAUGUUGAAGUGUUAUCUCCCGGCCGGGGAGCCAAGCAGCUGACGCACAAAACUAGAAACUCCAUGCCGGAGUAUUGUGGCUUGAGUUGGAAUAAACCUUUACCGGGGGAGUUGAGGCGAGUACAUAUCGAUAAGAGUCAGCAGCCGCUCGGGAUACAGAUAUACUGCCCGCCCAGCAGCGGCGGUGUGUUCGUGUCCACAGUUAACGACAAUUCUCUUGCCAGUCAAGUUGGUCUGCAAGUGGGAGACCAGCUGUUAGAAGUGUGUGGGAUCAACAUGCGCUCAGCAACCUACACGCUCGCCGCUAGAGUACUCCGACAGAUCGGAAACUCGAUAACUAUGCUUGUGCAAUACAGUCCUGAAAAAUACAAGGACGAAGUGGAAGUGCCAGGAAGUUCGUCAUCUGGAGAAAGUUCUCACGACGAAGAAGUUUCACUGUCUGGUUCGCCGACGCCGAGGAAUUCUCCUGGGCCACAGCAAUCGAUCAGAUUGGAGCAGCCAUCUACCGACGUAGCUACGUUACGACAGUCGCAGAAUAAUAAAGACUUGCCUAGGUUUCUACUGAUCGAGAUGCGAAAUUGCUCCGACUUAGGAAUCAGUUUAGUGGGGGGUAACGCCGUGGGUAUAUUCGUGCACAGCGUUCAGAUGGAGUCGUCGGCUUACAACGCGGGCCUGAGGACGGGGGAUCAGAUCCUGGAGUAUAAUAAUGUAGACCUCAGACGAGCUACUGCGGAGCAAGCUGCCUUGGAGCUGGCCAAGCCGGCGGAUAAGGUGAGCGUCCUAGUCCGCCACGACCUACAGCAGUACCACGAAAUAAAAGACAAGCCGGGCGACGCAUUCUACAUCCGCGCCGGCUUCGACCGCUGCGCCAAGAUCACGUCGAGCGGGAUGGACACCAUCGACGAGUACUCUCUGUGGUUCCGCAAGGACGAGGUGCUGUUUGUGGACAACACGCUGUUCAACGGCUCCCCGGGGCUGUGGCGAGCGUGGCAGCUCGACUGUAAGGGCUCCAAGCGCCAGUGGGGAACUAUUCCUAGUAAAUUCAAGGUAGAAGAAAUCCUCCGCCGUUCAAUGGGCACCCUCGAAGGCGACGCGCAACGCCGAGCCUCCACCACCGCCCGACGGUCCUUCUUCCGCCGCAAGAAGCACCGCGACAGCAAGGAGCUGGCUUCCUUCUCCAACACGGAGCUGGGCUGCUGGAGCGACAGCGGGACCCUAGCUGAUGAUGUGCCGGUGCUCUCCUACCAGCGGGUCGAGAGACUGCACUACGGCGCCAUGCGUCCAGUAGUGGUCCUGGGCCCACUAUCCUCGCUAGUCGGGGCCCGACUGGCCUCCGACUGGCCGCACGCGUUUGGGCUGGCGCGGCCCGCAGCGCUGCCCGUCGCGGGAGCCGCGCCGGCGCUGGCGCGGGGCACGCACCUGGAGCCGCGGCUGAGGCCUGACUGCACGCAUAUUGACUGUAUACCUUUGAGGGCUAUACAGGAUCUUGCCGAGAAGGGCAUCCACUGCAUCCUAGACAUAAGCGUAGCAACCAUAGAGAAGCUGCACAAGCAACAGAUCUACCCCAUCGUGCUGUUCAUCAAGUUCAAGUCCUUCAAGCAGAUCAAAGAGGUCAAGGACACAAGGCAUGCGGAUAAAGUCUCCGCCAAGGCUGCCAAGGAGAUGUAUGAGCAUGGGCUGAAAGUCGAGAACGAGUAUAGGAGUUAUAUAUCAGCCGAGAUACCAGCGGGAGUUAACAUCGCAUACACGUGCACACAAAUCAAAGCAGCGGUAGAAGAGGAACAGAACAAGACGCUGUGGGCCGUAACCUUCUGCACGCACCGCCCGCCCUCCUACUACUCCGACCCCGCCUGCCCGCGCUCCGCCUCCACCGACUCCGAGCUGCGCUACUACUCCGAGCCCGACGCCAAGUACUUCGAGAUCGACUACGAGUUCCUCAAGGAGCUGCGCCGCAUCGCGCGCAGCAACUGUCCCAAGUGUCGCCGCAAGCGAUCCCGCCGCGCCGACCGAGCAGACUACAAGGAGAAAUCCACUAAAACAACCAGGAGCUCGCGCCUUAAGGAGAACUACGUGUACUGCAACGGUAGGUACCAUAGCGAUAAGGAACACUGUCAACUUUGCUGUAGCGUCUGCAACCGAUCCACUGACACCCUCGACUCCAUCGACGACGACCAGUACUCGAUGGUCUCGAAGAGCUACAGCCAGCCCAGAGCCACGUCGCGCUCUAAAUCAACCCCCAGAAACUCACGCGAGCGCAAAAACUCGAUACAAUCCAAUAAAUCGGUUUCAUUCCUUGAAUCGAGCAACGAUGAAUCGAUUAGGGAAGAACCGAAUUACACAGCUAAAAGCUUCACAAACGAUCUGAAGAAGUUUUUGUUGAAGCCGUCGGCGCCGCGACAAAGUUUACGUGAUAAAUUCAUUACGAGUUUCAAACAGGAAUUCGAAGCGACGAAAAAGUCGCCCAAACUCAAAGCUAUAAAAGGUCUCUGGAAGUCUUACUGAAAUACGGUUUUUGAGCAUUGACACAGUAUUCGAAGUCAUUUACAUUUUUAUACUUGUGCCAAGUUUUUCGUAAAGUUUUCUGACAUUAUUCAUGAAACCUGUGGUUUAUGAUCAUGUAUCGAUACCGCUCUAAUAUCGAUUAAUAGAAGCCCCAAAUGAAUUUUCUUCUGACGCACACUGAAUUGUCAUUAUCGAUUGCUGUAAGUUUUAAAAAUGUAACGAUGUUGUAGAGCGGUACUUUACUUUGUACCUACUAAGUUUAUUUAUUUUAUUUGUUUUGGUGCUUUUAUGACUUUCUAGCACUAAUUUUGAAAUCAGUAACAGUAUUUAAUCUAGACGCUCUUUUUGCUGUCAAUGCAUGGUGUUUGGAAACCUGAAAAUGUACUGAUUUGAAAAUUAGUCCUAUAUUCAUAUAUUUCUUAUAAAAACGUAAGUGUUCAUAAUUGGUCUAAAGGAAACUGAAAUCCAAGGUUUCGGUGCUAGUGGUGAAAGCGAUAUACAACUUUACAAAAUGUAUUAUAUCUUCACAAUAUACUCCGAUUAAUAUAUACAUAAAAAAAUAUACGUAUGUGUGCAAUAAUAGUGGCUGGUUUGAAUUGCACUGGGAUAAUAGAAAUGUAGUUUUUGAAUCCACUUAAACGUCUUCUGGUGCCUGAAACGCAAAGACGUAAAGGGUUUACAGACGUUUUAAUAUGCUUGGUCUUAUAAACAUCAAGAUUCAUGGUGAUGAGAAAAUAUCGAUAUCGAUGAAGAUAAACGUAAAACUGAAAGAAAUUAUCGAUAUUGACAAAGUUCUCUUUCGUCUAUGUUCCCGAUGCAAUUCGAAUCGAGUCUUUAAAUACACAGUUUUUCUUAUAUACUUAUAAAAAUAUAUAUUAAGAUAUUGUAAUAUCAUCACUUUUUACAACUACUAUGAAAUUAAUGCACAUGAUAUGAAUAAUCUUGGCCUAUUAUAAUCUUACGCACCAGUGUCACAAUAUUUAGAUGUUUUGAGGAACGAUAUCUAUCAAGAUGAAAAGGAAAAGAAAGAAUUGGAAAAGUAAAAAAAAAAAAAAUUGAAAAAAUCUAGUAUUCGUAUUGUGAAAAUUAGAAACUGAAUUGUGGCAUUCUUAGGUACAGUCGGCGCAUGUAAAUUGUAACAAAAGUUCAAAAACCAUUUGUUACCAUUGAUAUGCAGUCGAGUGUACAUCGUAGCGGAUCUUGAUAGAUGAUUAUAACUUAGUGGGCCACUAGUAAGUGCAUGCGUUCUUAUUAUAUCAUAAUACAAGCUAAUUUCGAAUGACAUAUUGUAAUAUGCCGAUGUUGUGAAAAAAUGAGGAUCAGAUGUGAUAUGGUUUGAAAAACUUAUUGAGUAAGGACGGUUUAAACUAGACAGAGAGUCCCAAGAGCAAGCCAAAAGUACGAAUUUAUUCUUUUUACAUACUCCUUGAACUAAAUAUGAAGUUAAAAAUUGAAGGUGAAUGCACUAUGUAAAGAUUGAUUGUGCUGCAGAAUGAUAAACAGGCCUAUGCUAGUAUACCUAAAGGAAAGAAAUACUGGAAAAUUAAGACAAAACUAGAAUAAACUAAAAAUGUGUGAUGGCCUAAAGCUUCUGGGGUAUAUUACAAUAUGACGCGAAUUAGCUUAAAAUAAACUAUCACUGAUAUAUAGUAGUACCAUAGGGAUCACUUAGUGACGAUAUAGUUACAUUUUGUUGUUUAUGAAUGUUUAUACAUUAUAGUGUUUUAGCUAAAUAUAUAGACUUUUAUAUAGUCACUAUAUGCAUGAAUUAGAAACUAAACGUGAAGUGAUUUCGAAGUCUUGAUUUGUAUAGUAUAAUCUUGUUUUCUGGGGGACGCCACCUUUUGAAAGGAUUAAAAGAGGUUGUGUAAGUGUUUACACAGCAAUAUUUUAGCGUCAUGGCAGAUUCACCACCUCUGCUGAAACUGCCAGAUAAUUUAAAAUGAAAAUCUAUUUAAAAACCUGUAAAGCUGGCUUAAAUAUGUCUCGGCGUGAAGAGACAAUUUAAUUUCUUAUACACAAAAGAUUUUCUAUAAUUGUGUGAUUAAAACACAUUGUUGUAUCAUUUUCCGCCCCAUUUCUAGUUCUAAUAUUUUCUUAUACAUUUAUGUCAAUGUUAUACGAUGAAGUUAAACUGAGUUUCAGGAUUAUUAUACAUCCAAAUUGAGGUACACGUGGAUAAUUUGAGAAAUUUUCAAAAUCUGAUCUUGUAAGUUUAGAUGGUCAGCAACAAAAAUGUGGAUGGUAACGAUAGCAAAAUAGACAAUUUGGUUUCAAAAUCGACACAUUUCUAUGGACAAAAUGUGGAUGUAUAAUAAUCCUGUUAAUAUUCGUUUUAUUCGAAGUAAAAGUCAUGAUGAUACGACUUCCUAAGACUGUAGUGCUACGUGUGAAGUAGUGUGUAUUGUAACGAAGCCGUCUUCUUAAACACGUGUUAUUUCUUUAUAGUUGCCUCUUAUGUACAUAUGUCUCCUUUAGAGAGUUUACAUAUUAUUAUAUUUACUGUGUUGUAUGAACUGUACUAUAGAAACAGAAUCAAUAUUUUCUUAAAAUUUUGUCCUCCCUCAAAAUAUUUUCACGCUGUUUUUUUUCUUGUAAAACUCAACUUUAUUUUUCUUCUAUAUUAAAUAUUUCAAUGAAUUACCAACACUAUCUUAUACGCAAUAUAAAGUAAAAUCAAGGUGUUAGCUUUCUUUAAGUAUUAUUUAAUGAAACUUUGUAAAUCAAAGGCCUAUUGCUGGUGCCAAAUGAUAUAUCGGCCGACGACUUUAUUUUACACUAUGUUUUAUAUGGAUUUCUGUGUCCGGGUGUCUACCGCAAGCAUAUGAACGAAUCGACUUAAAUCACAAUCCAUUGCGGUUUUUCAACAGCAAUGUCUCCAAUAUAUUUUUAUUGCGCUAUAGAAAUACCGCAACGGAAGAAAUGCAACUUUCGAUCGAGAGUUUUGAUAGAGUAUGGUGAGCGUCAAAUGUAGCUGUACAAAUCAAAAUUUGUAAGUGUCUAGCAAAGUAAAGGGUUACCCCUACUUGUUAUAAACCCUAAACUAGAAAUUAUCUGGUAAGUUAUCGACGACACCGUGUUUAGCAGUUUUGAAAAUUUUUAUUUGUUCAGCUACUUUUGAAGCAGUCUGUACCUAGACAUUUUUUAAAACAAUUUUGUGAUUUUUUAUACUAAACUGAGCUGAUUACUCCAGUGUUUUUAACGCGAUGUAAAGCGAUCUCAUUGAUAUUAACGUGUGAUGAGGCUUAUUGACACACAUUUUUUAAAUAAUUUUCAGCACAUAUUUUGUAGUUUAAGUUUUUUGUACAGACAUUUUUUUUGAUAUUACGUUGUUUCAGUGCUGUUAUAUUAUGAAUGUACUAUGGAUGUCAUUAAUAUUGCAAAAUAGUUCUUAAUGACUAGUGCAAAGAGUUUAAAAUUCGUUGGAAAUAAAAACAAAAUAUUUUAAUCCUUUACCGUCAACCUUAGUACAUUCUUAAUAAGCUUUUCUGCAGUUUUUUUUAUUCCAGCUUACAGCUUUUUUAUAAUUAAGCCUAACGGCGUUUUUAUAAGAUUAAUGUUUUAUUAACACUGAUCGAAAUAGGUCGCAGUUACUGGUUUUUGGACUGGUAGGUUAAUUUUAACCAAGUUUAAAGUUAACUUAGUUUUAGCCGUAAGGGAGUUUGUCUACAUUUAUUUGCUUGUCUGAAAAAAAUCGAUUUUGUUUAGUUGGGAAAUCCUGGAAAUUGAGUCUUCAAUUCAAUCGAUUUGAUGUAAUUUUAAUUUAAUAAUAUGAUAAGUAUUUGGGGUUUUAAAGACUUUAUAAACUUAGAUCAACAUUUUUAAAAUCAUUACAGAUGAUAUUGUUUGUAUUGUCAGCUAUAUCUCUUGAUGGUUUUUAACUCCGACUAAUGGAUUUUUAAACAUACUUUAUAGUUUGAUUUUUCUUAAUAAUUCUAUAUGGGCAGCAAGUAAUUGUAAGCAAACUCCUUUGUUUGAUUUUGUCAACUUUAAAACGGAUUUGAGUUGGAUUUGGAGAAAUAGUUACCAUAUUAUAAUUUGUUUACAAAAACCCAUUGCACAAAAGUAACAGUUCAAUUUAUUAAGUUUUUAUAGUUAACUAUAAUUUUGAUCUGAUUAAGUUAAACAUAAGUUGGUUGCUAUGUUGCUAACAUUAUUAUUUUUAAAAGUAUACAUACUAUAUAUACAAUAUUUGUAAAUUUAAAUAAAUUAUAUUGUAGUGAUGUUAAUUGAUGUAUUUUAAAAUUGACAAUAAAAUAAAAGCAGUAUUUAAAUUAUUGAACUUGAAUGUAAAUUUUUGUGGUGUGAUAUUUUCACAGAAUUAGUUCACUCAAUGUGUAAUUACGUUAUAUCGUGUUUUGUGGACAUUCUGCGAAAAUGUCACACGUUUAAUUCAAUUUUCUUGUUUUGGAGAUAUAUUUAUAUUAUCUGUUGAUGUUUGACUAUUCUGUAUUUGCAUUGGUAUUAUUUUUUGUUUAUUUUUAAGCCCAUGUAUAUUUCUACGGCCAAGUAGGUGAUUAAGAGAUAAUUCAACGAAUUGUUUACAAUAUAAAACGAAGCAAUAAAUAAUGAAACUAGGAA